CCAUCCUGGGCGCUUGUGGAGCACGGACGCUGCAGGAGGGAGAGAAGAGUUUCUGGGGUGAAAUCUAUCCCUUUUGGGGCUCUGCCAGUGGGUGGGCGUGCAUGGCUGGGGAGGCCAUCGCAAGGCGCUCCCGGGGGCUCGCGGUGGCAGCAUGGCUUUUGCCGACCUCCUGGAGCAUGUGGGGGGCAUGGGGCGCUUCCAGGUGGCCUCGGUCAUCCUCCUGGCCAUGCCCGUCCUCAUGAUGGCCAGCCACAACCUCCUGCAGAACUUCACGGCCGCCACCAGCGACCACCACUGCCGGCUCCACUGGGAGGCCAAUGCCACCAGCCUGGACCCCCAGGACCUGCUGAGGGUCUCGGUCCCCCGUGGCGAGCGGUGCCGGCGCUUUGUGAAGCCGCAGUGGUGGCUUCUGGAGGCCAACGGCUCGGCCCCCAACGACAGCUGGUUGGAGACGGAGCCCUGCCACGACGGCUGGACCUAUGACCGCAGCGUCUUCACCAGCACCAUCAUCACGGAGUGGGAUCUGGUGUGCAGCUCCCGGGGCUUGAAGCAGUUGGCCCAAUCGCUCUACAUGGCCGGCGUCUUGGUGGGCGGCAUCGUCUUUGGGGGCCUCUCGGACAGGUUUGGCCGCCGGUCGCUGCUCACCUGGUGCUACCUGCAGAUGGGCGUCAUGGGGACGUGCUCCUCCUUCGCCCCCACUUUCACCGUCUACUGCCUCUUCCGUUUCCUCACGGGCACAGCCUUCUCCGGCAUCGUCCUCAACAGCGUCUCCCUCUCCCUGGAGUGGAUGCCCACUCGCACGCGGGCGAUCGUGGGGACCUUCAUGGGUUACUGCUACACCACCGGGCAGUUCCUGCUGGCCGGCAUCGCUUACGCCGUCCCUGACUGGCGGUGGUUGCAGCUCACGGUGUCACUGCCCUUCUUUGGCUUCUUCCUCUACUCAUGGUGGUUAACAGAGUCAGCUCGCUGGAUGGUCAUGGUGGGAAAGUCCCAGCAGGCCUUGAAGGAGCUCCAGAAAGUGGCCAGGAUAAAUGGGAAGAAAGAGGAAGGGGACAAGCUGGACAUAGAAGCCUUGAAGUCCUACAUGCAGAAGGAGAUGACCUCGUCGAGGAGCCACCACACGGUGUUUGACCUGGUCCGGACGCCCGUCGUGCGCCGCAUCUCUUGCUGCCUCUGCUUCGUGUGGUUCUCCACCAGCUUUGCCUACUACGGGCUGGCCAUGGACCUGCAAAACUUUGACGUCAACAUCUACGUGAUCCAGCUCAUCUUUGGGGCCGUAGACUUCCCGGCCAAGCUGGUCUCCGUCCUCACCAUCACCUUCGUCGGGCGACGCUUCACCCAGUCCCUCGCCCUCAUCCUGGCGGGCUUGGCCAUCUUGGCCAACAUCUUGGUGCCACGAGAGCUGCGGACGCUCCGGACCGCCAUGGCCGUCUUCGGGAAGGGUUGCUUGGCUGCCUCCUUCAACUGCGUCUUCCUCUACACGGGUGAGCUCUACCCCACCGUGAUUCGGCAGACGGGCAUGGGGCUGGCCAACACCAUGGCCCGACUGGGCAGCAUCACGGCGCCCUUGGUGAAGAUGGUGGGUGAGGUCUUCCCCGUGCUGCCCUUCAUCAUCUACGGGGCCGCCCCCGUGGUGUCGGGACUGGUGGCCAUCUUCCUGCCGGAGACAAGGGACAUGGCCCUGCCCGAGUCCGUGGAGGAGGUGGAGGACAGGACCCGGACCCGGACCCGGACCAAGGCAGACGAAGCCCAGCAGCUCCCCCUCCAACCCACCCAGCCUGACCCUACACCUGGGGGCACCACAGAGCCCUGCUAACACCUCC